AUGUCGUUAGAUCUGAACGUUGUGAUGGUCAACUCCAAGUUAUCAUUAUUCUUGCAUUCAGUGUCCUUAAUGGAACGUGGAAUUACAACCAUUAUUAAGUUCUUCAUUCCUCCUCAGGUGUCGUGGGUGAGGAGACGCGACCACCAUCUCAUCACACUCGGAAGUCACACUUACACGAAUGACGACCGAUUCCACGUGUCACACUCGCCGCCCUUCAAAGUCGUCUCGAGAAGGGGCAAGGAAUGGACGUUGCAUAUUAAAUACGUUCAGACAAGAGAUUCAGGCGUUUAUGAGUGUCAGUUAUCUACACAUCCGCCUAUGGGAAUACUAACAACACUCAUGGUCAUAGAGCCGGUAUCACACAUCACUGGCGGGCCGGACCUGUACGCCCAAGAAGGCAGUGACGUGACGUUGUUAUGUCGUCUGAAGAACUACGCAGUCCCGCCCACUUAUGUGUUCUGGUAUCACGAGUUCGAGAUGAUCAACUAUGAUGCUAAUCGAAGGGUAAAUGUUUUAAGUCGCGGAGGUGAGAGUGAACUCCGGCUAACAGGUGUAGCACAGGAAGAUUCUGGUAAUUACACCUGCGUCCCAGCUAAUGCCAGGCCUUCAUCAGUGGUCCUUCAUGUUAUUACAGGUGGGUAUCUCAAACGGUUCAUUAAAGUGUCUGAUUACGACAUUAAAUUCCGGUGUUCUGCGAAACACCUGCUGCCAUGCAACGCGCGGCUGCGGCCCCGUUGCACAGCGCCUGUACCCUUGGACUGGCAACUGGCACGCUCUUCCUUCUCAACUAUAAAUGGUCCACCUGAUGUGCUUAGGCCUACAAAAUCUACUUGGCACAACAGCCUCAGUUCCCUACACAAAGACCUUGAUUCUUGA